CCGCUGCUCUAUCGUCGUAGACACUUCGGUGCUCAAAUCCCCGCUUUAGUUAUCUCUACUCACGACAUCCAUCAUGCCCGCCAAGUCACAGGGUCAGACUCUGCUCGAGAAGGCCGAUAAGAAAGCCAAUUCCUCCACUGGCUGGUUCUCUUCCGCCUCUACCAAGUACGAAGAAGCAGGCGAUCUCUACCAGCAAGCUGCCAAUGCGUUCAAGAUUGACAAGGAGUUCAAGCUGGCGGGGGAUGCACAUGCGAGGGAAGCGGAGUGCAGGGAGAAGUGCCAGGAGAGUAACGAAGCCGCUAACGCCUGGUGGAAUGCUGCUAAGGCGUACAAGAGGGUCGAUCCUAGCCUCGCUGUCCAAGCCCUCUCACAGACCAUCACGCACCUGACAAAGGCUGGUCGCUUUAGACAAGCCGCCGACCGGGAGAAGGAGAUUGGCCAGAUAUACCUCCAGGAGCUCAACGAUCUCCGGAAGGCCUGCGAGAGCUAUGAACGCGCAGCAGAAUGGUACUCGCAGGAGGACGCUACCGCGACUGCGAAUGCGUGUUACAAGGAUGCUGCGGAUCUCCACGCUGAGCUGGAGGAAUAUCCGCAGGCCAUCGCUCUCUACGAGCAGGUGGCGAAUGGCUCGUUAUCCUCUCCCCUAACGAAGUACAGCGUCAAGGAGUACUGGUUGCGGGCCAGUCUAUGCGCUCUUGCGAUGGGGGAUACGGUAACUGCCAAACGCAACCUGUCGAAGUAUGGUUCUCUCGAUACUACCUUCACUUCGACCAGGGAAGCCAAGUUCAUCAACAUCCUCACUGACGCGAUUGAGGGUGGCGACCUGGAGACGUUUACUGGCGCGGUCUUCGAGUUUGAUCAAGUUACGAAGUUGGAUAACUGGAAGACGAGCAUAUUGUUGAAGAUUAAGAAGACUCUAGAUCAGGAGCCUACGAUCCUCUAAGACACUGUGGAAGGGAGUCCCUUGUACUACUUUACGAGACGCCAUGUAUCAUCACAAUUAUUAGUAUCGGACAUUGCGCG